AUGCCAGGACCAAAGGGAAAAGCAAAUAUCGGGGCAGAGGAAGAAGCUGUUGAGUCGAUGGUGUUGAAGGUGGUGGGGAUUAUUAUUGGAUACGCAUUACUCACCUCCAGAGCGAGCCUCGCAUGGGGGACACAGACGAGGGAGGAGGAAAGGGAACGAAGAGACGGAGGAGCAGCUGGUCGAGAGAGCUAUACUGCGCGUAUCCUGGGCGAUAGAGAAGACGAAGGGAUAAGCAGCACGACAGCGAGCAACGACGAUGACAGGGAGAAAGACGAAAAGUUGAGCGUUCAAAGAUCGAAAGUCGAAGUCGCUUUUUCUUGCUUUUCCCUUUUCGGCCUGCCCAGAGGAUGA